UUCUCACCCCCUUUUGCCCCGUCACGCUCCCCUCCCUCCCUUCCCUGCCUCUUUCUUUCCCUUCUUUUCCUUCCAGUCUGCUUCUUCUUCUGUAGUGCCGUUGGCUUUGGUCAGGGAGCUGGGGGGAGGGAUCUCGCGAUUGUUGGGACUUUUUUUUUUUUUAAUUUUUUUUCCGGGGGGGAGAGUUAUUCGGAAGAUGGCGCCCGUUGUAACGGGGAAGUUUGGUGAGCGACCUCAGCCACAACGAUUAACAAGGGAAGCCAUGAGGAACUACUUGAAGGACAAAGAUGAUCAAACGGUGCUCAUUUUACACGCAAAAGUCGCACAAAAGUCAUAUGGCAAUGAAAAAAGGUUUUUCUGUCCUCCACCGUGUGUGUAUCUGAUGGGCACCGGAUGGCAAAAGAAGUUGGAAAAAAUGGAGAAGGAGGGCUGUACUGAGCAGGAGGCCCAGCCUUGUGCCUUCAUUGGAAUUGGCAACAGUGAGCAGGAGAUGCAGCAGCUCAAUCUGGAGGGCAAGCACUUCUGCACAGCUAAAACACUGUAUAUCAGUGACUCAGAUAAAAGGAAGCACUUCAUGCUAUCUGUAAAGAUGUUGUAUGGAAACAGCGCCAACAUUGGAGUCUUCCUCAGUAAGAGGAUCAAGGUCAUCUCCAAGCCCUCCAAGAAGAAACAGUCCUUGAAAAAUGCUGAUUGUGAGUUGCUGGACACACAUAAAUCAAAGAGUGCUGUAUGGUUUCACAACAGCUUGAUGUUUAAGUUGGAUUUGAAAAUGAUUUUCUUUUUCCGGUUUCGCUUUCUUUUUUACUCCCCUCCAGUAUGUAUAGCAUCUGGGACAAAGGUGGCCUUGUUUAACCGCCUGCGUUCCCAGACGGUCAGUACCAGGUAUCUCCAUGUGGAGGGGGGAAACUUUCAUGCCAGCUCCCAACAGUGGGGUGCCUUCUACAUUCACCUCUUGGACGAUGAUGAGUCUGAAGGGGAGGAGUUUGCUGUAAGAGAUGGUUACAUUCACUAUGGCCAGACAGUUAAAUUGGUUUGUUCUGUGACUGGCAUGGCGCUGCCAAGACUGAUCAUUCGAAAAGUGGACAAGCAAGCAGCUUUACUGGAUGCUGAUGACCCGGUGUCCCAGCUUCACAAGUGUGCCUUUUACCUGAAAGAUACAGACAGGAUGUAUCUCUGUCUGUCACAGGAGAGGAUCAUCCAGUUCCAGGCUACACCGUGCUCCAAAGAGACCAACAAGGAGAUGAUUAAUGAUGGUGCUUCAUGGACUAUCAUUAGUACUGACAAGGCAGAGUACACCUUUUAUGAGGGCAUGGGCCCCGUGCCCACACCAGUAACACCUGUCCCUGUGGUUGAAAGCCUGCAGUUAAAUGGUGGAGGAGAUGUUGCUAUGUUGGAGCUGACAGGACAGAACUUCACCCCUAACCUCAGAGUUUGGUUUGGAGAUGUGGAGGCAGACACCAUGUACAGAUGUGGGGAGAGCAUCCUUUGCGUGGUGCCAGACAUCUCUGCCUUUAGGGAGGGUUGGCGCUGGGUGAGACAGCCAGUUCAGGUCCCUGUCACGCUGGUUCGCAGUGAUGGAAUCAUCUACGCCACUGCCUUGACCUUCACGUAUACCCCCGAACCAGGGCCAAGACCUCACUGCAGCGCUGCUGGGGCUAUUCUGCGGUCACACAGCACCUCUUCAUCAUCACCCGCAUCUUCAUCCUCACCUUCAUCUUUGAUGGGUGGGCUCGGGGAUGGCCACGGAGCCUACAGCAGUAGUGACUCGGGCAUGUCGUCUGGGACUUCAGCUAUGUCGGUGCUCUCAUAGUAAAAUGUGUUUUGUGAUUGUGCUCUCAGUGACUGAGUGAAAUAAUGUGAGCAUGUUCUCCAAAGAGGCUCAUGGACCUGUGAAGAAUUGCACAGAAGCUAAGAAGUUCUUUGUUAGAGGAACUGUGAAACUAUGAGGAGGAAAAAAAAGACAACUUCAAAAGCAAGAGUUGUGAUUUCUGACUGUACUGUAUCACCCUCUUGUGGAUUGUCGUGGACAUAUCAUAAGCUCCACUCAGAGUAACGUGAUAUCCAUGCUCUUCAUCUAAAAGAAGGUGAACUAUCUAACUCCCAUAGCGACAUCAUUUGUAAAAUAACCUUUUUGUUUUGUUUUUAUAUACUUGGCGGGUUUGGAAGCUACUUUAACUGCUUUCUUACUACCAUCAUUAUGUUUGCAGAUGAACACAAACUUGUAAUUGCAUUGAGCAAGGGAAAAUUUGUAAGAAUAACAUAGUUUUAUGGACCACGGAAUAUUAUUAUAUUAUUUUAUUCAUAUUGUAUUUUAUGAGCUUUUUCUGAGGUACAUUUUUUGUAUGAUACACUGCAUAGUAAGAUCAGUUUGUUACCAAGAUAGUUUUUCAUAUUGUUGCCUCCCAUUCCUGUUUUCUCUCAGUUGAGUCAAGAUGGAAGUGGCUUUUCAUGUGUGUAAUAGUCAGACAACAGCUUCUCACAUUUUUUUUUCUGUUUUUAAAGCUUACUCAUUGUCGUUAACAGUUCAGUGUGUUGCAAUGAAAAAGAGUCAGUCAGGAGGCACUUUAGAAAAUGAAGAUAUCUCGAUGUCUGCUUGCAGUUAUUGGCUUGGCUGUUUUGUUUUCCAGGCCACUGAACAGUUUUGGUUUGUCUUUUAUAUCAAAGAUGAAGUUUUUAAUGAAUGUAGAGAGAGAGAGGAAGUGUGUGUGUGUGUGAGAGUAUGUGUGUGUGUGAGAGAGGGAGAGAUCAGCCUGUAAUACACUGUCAGAGUGUUCUCUCCUUAAUGAUUUUGCUCUUUUUGUACUGUCUGUACUGGGUCCCAAAUCUAAACAAGCAGUUCCUCCUGUUACCAUAGCAAUGCAUACAGCAGCAGUCGCUUUUUCUCCCACAUAUAAGUGAAGCCUUUUAUAAAAAGUGUCUUAUCUCUUGCAUAUUUUCAGAGAAAAUCAAGAAGCAAAGGAGGAAUGGUAAAAAUGUCUUGCCCUCUUGAAGAGCUGAUCUUUAGUUUGAGCUGAGAUUUAAAGGGUUUUAAAGUGAGCUCAUGUACUGGGGGGAAAAAAUACUAUCGCUGUAGUUUCAUCGCUGCCCAGUAAACCAAUUUAUCAUUAGUGUCAUACUGCUGCUGACCUUUUGUUGAAUUUAGUUUUUUCAAACAAUGCCUGAACAAAAGUUCAGCAGAGCUACUAGUCAUCCUUGGCUGCCCUUUGGGUCAUUAAGUGAUGAGGUACAGGAUAAAAGUUUGAACAAUCAUACCAAGGUGGUAACAUCCUAGUCCUACAGGAUCUGAAUUGCUUAAUUUUGUACAAGCUGACAAGAUAUUAUUGCAUUAUGCUGUUAUGCUGUGUAAGUUGUAAAUGCGUUUUUUUAUGGCAAUAAUAACUAGUUUAGUACCAGUUAUACCAAGAAUAAGAGAUAAGAAGAGUGAGAUGCUGAAGAGAAGGGUAUGGGUAGGAGAAGAAUUCCCAGUGUGAAUUAUUUGUUUCAAGCCCUGCGUGAACAGUCUUGAGUCAAACCUUCCUGAGACUGUUCUAUGUGGGCUUUCCUUGUUCUGUCUGUGUAUGCAUGAUUUUUUUUUUUUUUUACUUGGUGCUCUGUUUCAAAGACGUUAGCUUAAACUGAAUCAUUACUUAUUUCAAAAUAGCUGUUGAUGUGACAAAAGGUGCUUCUAGUAAAGGCUAGACUGUAAAAACAAAGUGUAAAUGUCCCUUCUGUCACUGUGACCAUCCUCUAAGCAUACAACAAGUGGACUCAUCCGGUAUGUAAAAUAAGUGAAUCAUCUCUUAAUUUCUUUCUUUCUUUUUCUUUUCUUUUCUUUUUUAACACUAAUGAUGAAAUCAGAAGCUCCAACUUUAAUUGCCCAGUAAAACUGAUGUCGUUGAUCCUUGUCUUGGUCUGCAGGAGCAGAGGUAUUUGAAAUAUUUGGAAAUUUACUUACCUGAUGAAAUAUUUAAUUGUGAAUUACUGCAUCACCAAGUCACAAUAUCCUGACUCGGUUUUCCUCCGGUGUCCUUUGAUGUCUUAGUGAAUUGAUAAUAUCAGUGUCUGUGCAUAAUCUUGAUGAAUAUGUAUGCACUCUUUUCCUGUUUCUGUCUAUCAUGUAAACCAAACAUGCUGUAUACUCACAUCCUGCUGGGGCCUGCUUAGACACUACCCACUGAAGCAUGCUACCCAGGAUAGAGGUCAAAUCUGUCUGACUUAUUUUUAAACUGGGAGCCGUAUUGCUGGAAUGAAACCUGACACUUUGUUGCUGUUAAUGUUUGUGUGUUUGGUGUGUAUGCCUGUGUAUCCAUGUGGUCUGCUUUAGUCCAUCUCUCUUUAUGCUUCUAGCAAUACUUUUACUUUAACAAGAGUGUGAGUCUGAGCAUUCCUGUAAGCAUGUAAUAAAUGGCAUAGCUACA